AUGCGCGAGCGCACGACCACCAAGCUAAAGGUCGUUCUACUAGGCGAAGGUCGCGUGGGGAAAACGUCCAUUCUCUUGCGGUACAUUAAAGGCGAGUAUGACGAACGACAGGAUUCGACCCUGCAGGCGUCGUACCUGGACAAGCGCCUGCUCGUAGACAAUUGUCGCGUGGCGCUCUCGCUGUGGGACACAGCUGGACAAGAGCGGUUCCAUGCGCUGGGCCCCAUUUACUACCGCGAUGCCGACGGCGCGUUGCUCGUGUACGACAUUACAGACGUCGAGUCGUUCCACAAAGUCCGGACGUGGGUGCGCGAGCUGCGACGCAUUGUGGGCGACGACAUUUCCAUUUGCAUCGCAGGCAACAAGAGCGACUUGCAUCGCAAUCGCAAAGUGUCGGAGGAAGACGCGAAGCGAUACGCUGCGUCCGUGGGAGCUGCUCACUUUGAUACGUCGGCCAAGCUGAACCGCGGACUCGAGGACGUGUUUGUGGAGCUCACACGUCGCAUGUUGAGUCGCACGGGGGGCAAGAAGAAGAAGAGCAGUGCUUUGAUUGCUGAUGACGAAGAAGACGAGGAGGAGGAAGACCGAGACAGGGAGCCUUUGGCUCGACCUCCCGCGAGCAAAGAACUGCAAGCAAAAAACAGCACUCAGGUGUUAGUGCAAACGCAUCAGAGACAGGUGAGCAGGACAGAGGAGCUCUCAAGAAGCCGCGGUGGGGCCUCACGGGGUCACGCCGCUCCGAGUGUCGACGACAGGGUGAUCACUUCAGGAGCUACGAAAAGUAGCGGGCUGAGGGUGAGGGGAGCAACGCAUGUGGACAUUGGCAAAGACAAGAGCAGCUGCUGCUGA